CGCGUACAGAGGUAGGAUUUUGACCAAUGAACGUCGGCGAACACGAGCGGAACCUUUAUGGCGCACUAAUACUAUUAUUCGGUUCAAAACAUUAUUUUAUUUUAUGCAGGACAAAAGUAAACACUAAGCGUUUCUAAAACAUCCCUUGUGUAUAAGUGAACUAAACUACAAGCGCUGGGACGCUGAUUUAUUUCGCUGUUUAGAUCAGACGGAACAAUGACCUCGGCAUCAACAAAGGUUGGUGAGAUCUUCUCUGCAGCAGGAGCUGCUUUUACUAAACUAGGAGAACUCACCAUGCAGCUGCACCCGGUGGCAGACUCGAGUCCAGCAGGAGCUAAAUGGACGGACACAGAGAUUGAGAUGCUCCGGUCAGCUGUUAGGCGUUUUGGUGACGACUUGAACACACUCAGCUCGGUCAUCAAGAAGCGCACAGUGGCACAAAUCAAGACCACAGUCAAGCGCAAGCUUUAUGAAGACAGUGGAGUUCCUUUAUCCUCUGACUCACCAAAGAAAAGCACCAAGAAGGUCCCAGCUGCCACAGCACCCCCUCUACCACCAACAAUCCUAACCGUGCCAACAUCUCAGGUCGUGGUGUCAACAGGAUUACAGGGUCCUUCUACAGGUUCUGGUAGCAUCAAGAAGCCAAAAACUGCAGAUGUUACUCUCAGUGCUCUGAAUGAUUCAGAUGUAAACAGCGAUCUUGUAGACAUUGAGGGACUCGGUGACAGCUCUGCAACAAAAAAGCUCAACUUUGAUCAAGAAAGUCUGAACCUUGACUCAAGUCUCAUCAUGAACUCCAGUGACCUGCCUCUCCUGUCCCGCUGAACAUGGCUGAAUCUGUAAAAUAAAACCAAAAAACUGUAAAGAAAAAAAUAAGGAAUAUUACAUCAGACUGGGCUGAACCUUCACAAAACAGUCCAGUCCAGGAACCGGUCUCUAUGUUUCUACUAUAUUGAUGGAUUCUGAAACAGGUAUUGUUUUCAUGCAAGGUCAAAUUUGUAAGGUGAAGAUGAAAUGUCUCAUUUUAUAAUCAUUCUUUGGGUCUGUUCAAAAAUGGCCUAAAACAGAGCAUUAGUGUCUUAAACAGUUUUUUUCAUGACACCAAUACUUAAAAUUAUUAUCUUAACAUUCAUUUUAAAUAAAAUUUUAUAUUUUGGUUUCAUGUAAAUCGAUUCAUUUGUUAUAUUUUGAAUAUGUUCCCAUCAAAUGUGUAUAAAUACACAAUAAUGCUAUUUUCCUGUACUGUUUGUCAGUUUAACUAGUGUCAGCUUAUGUUUUUUUUUAACUUGAGUUUGCCCAUUAUGUCAGAUUGAGAGCAAUCUGCAUGCAUUCUGCAUGUGACUAAGUACAACACUUGUGUACUCUUUGCUUGAUUGCAUAAGGUCACCAUCGCAUGUAUAAAAUGACUAAUACAGUCUAAAGUGUUUAUUUGUGAAAUUCUAAAAUGUUUAGUUUACUUUUUGUUGGGUGGUCUAAUCUCACAGGGGACACAGUCAAUAAUUGUGUUUCUGAUCAAUUAUACAUAAGCAAUUUAACAAAGGGUCAAGUUUGUUUAUUCCUGAACAGAUUCUGUGACAGCACCUUUAAACACUGGUCUGGUUUAUUUUCCAAUGUGUAAGUAUUGUAUAUGAAUUAAUGAAAGAAAGAAAAAAAAAAAAAAAAAAAAACAGCUCUACACUUUCUUCAGAGAAGCUAGUGGGGAACGAUAAACAUCCUAAUUAAGUAUUAGUGUUGCUUCUAUGACAGUGUGUUCUAAACUAUACUUAAUUGGGUGUAAUACAAUAUCUAAAAAGGACCACCAUUAUAUCCAAAAAAUGUUCCUUAUUAAUGUGGAAAGUGAGAGAAAAUGUUCUCCAUUUUGGGAUACAUAUUUUUGGAUUCAUAUUAUGAAUUCAAGUGUAGAUCCAGAUAAUGUGCAAAACUUUGGCAUCAGACAAAUCUGUCAUGUAUAAAUAAAGUCAAUUUAUCGUA